AUGAAGAAGGCCAUGACCAUUUGCUUGACGGGUGUGGUACUUGUUGUUGUCUACAUGGUCAUGGUCGUCUGGUGGCAAGGCCUGCAUGGGCGGACAAGGACCAGUGGGCUCAACAAGUUGCUGGUCAAGGUCAAUGUUGGUCCGUUUUGUGCUGAUCUCAUUCAACCAGCGGCGUUGGCCCUCAAGCGCGGCUUGGCAGAGUUGAAGAAGAACGAUGCCGUGCUGUGGGGCAAGCUGACCGCAUCGUGCGUCUGCUGUCGGUACAUCUCGGGCAAGACUGAUCUCUCCAACCACUCAUGGGGCUCGGCAUGCGACUUUCGUAUCGAUGCUCAACUCGAUCCUUAUGGUGAUGGCCUCGUUCAGGAGGGCCUCAUCGACCUGUAUCCGUUUCUCCAUGACGAGGGUUUCUACUGGGGUGCGGGCUUCGGCUUUCCCAGGACCAAGAACGAAGACGCCAUGCACUUUGAGACCUCGGCCCAGACGUACGCGGGCUGGCAGGCCGAUGAUAGCCUCAACCCAGACACCCCCUGGCCCGUUCCGGCCUCGCCACUCAACGAGGCCUCGUGCGCCUGGCCGUUGGUUCCCGAAAACGGCGCUCUCUGGUCUACUGGCGAUCCGGCCCAGCCACUGGCGGUUGUUGUCCAAGCGCUCCUCACCCACAACUGCCAUCGCGCUACUGCUGACGGCAAGUAUGGAUCUGGGACCAAGGCCAAGGUCCAGGCGCUGCAGGAGGAUCUCAAGCUGGCGACGACUGAUGGCCUGGUCCGGUCCGAGACCUGGCGGGUUCUCUUCCAGCCGGCCGAACUCGGCGACUCGAGCAACGCGGUCUACGCUUACAAGUAUGCGCUAAAUGCGCAGACCGGCACGACGCUGGCAGUGACUAACACGUACGACUCGGCAACUCGCAAUGCGGUGACGUCGUUCCAGGCCGCCCGCGGCCUGGCGCAGACCGGCAAAAUGGACCUGCCCUCGUUCCAGGCGCUCAUCACCGGGUGCUCGGGAGGAGGCAGCUCGGUGCCGACGCCUGCGCCGACGCCUGCGCCUACCCCUGUCCCUGCGCCAACGCCGUGGCCGACGCCUGCGCCGACGCCGCGUCCAAGCCCGGCGCCUACACCUGCGCCCACCCUGCCGCCGACACCAACGCCUGCGCCGGCGCCUGCCGGCGUCUACUCUCAGCCGGUCGCCAUUCCGUCAUGGGCCGAUGCCAACCAGAACGGGCUCACGCGGCUCUCGUCGUCGACAGCUGCGUCGCGGUGGCCGUCGCCGUGCGCCUCGGCAGGCCUCGACGAUGUGAUGGCCACGCUCAACGUCGGCCCAUUUUGUGCUUCGGGCGCGCUGCCUGCACUCACCGCGUUGCGCACAGCCUUUGACUCACUCCGCACUUCUGACCGUGGCCUGUACAAUGCCAUGGGUCUUGCGGCGGACGCGUGCUGCUGCUCUGCGGGCACGCUUGCGUCUUUUGGCCUCGCCUUUGGCUUUUCGCUCGACGGCGCGAGUGACGCGCCGGCGGACGCGACGACGCUCUCGGGUCUGGUCUCAUUCUACCCGCACGCCCACGCAGCGGGCCUUUUCUGGUCGCCGGCGCGUGCGGCGUUUGAGGCCUCGUCUCAGGCGUACGCCACCUGGGCUGCCGAGGGUCGUCUUGCUUCUGGCGCCGUCUAUCCGCUUCCCACAUCGCGGUGGAGUGAUGCCGUGUGCGCGUGGCCGGUCACUCCUGCUGGCGGCGUGUUGUGGACGUCGGGCAAUCCGGCGUCGACGGUGGCCAAGGCCGUCCAACUCCUGGUCUCGCACGGAUGCCACACCACCACGCCUGACGGGCUGUAUGGGAGCGGGACCGCGGCGGUGGUGGCAAACCGACGGCAUCACUCGGGCCGCAACCUGGCGGGCGCUAUUUGUGUCGGCCACUAUCGGCGACUCGGCCCCCACGUCCGGGCCUACCGUCUCCUCCUGGCUGUUGCCGGCUACUCGCUUUCAGACUCUUCGACCUAUGACGCUGCCAUGCAAGCCGCGGUGGCCGCGGUGCAGUCCAGCGCGGGUUUGACCGUCAGUGGCGAGCUGAACGACAUCGCCACGCUGCACGCGGUCUUGGGCGGAUGCAGCUCGGCGAGCACGCCAGUGCCAAGCCCAACCCCGAGUCCCAGCCCGGGUCCGACACCUUCGCCGACGCCGCGACCGACACCCGCGCCGACGCCGCGCCCGCCCCCACCUUCGCCGCCUCCGCCAGUGACGACGCUUGUGGCGACGCCGGCGCGACUGGCGCGGUAUGUCCAGCGUGGCCAGACUCCCAACACGGCGCUCAACGCGCUGGCCUUUGUAGGCGCGCCGUGUGCGGCGCCCGCUGCGGCGCCGGGCUGCGCCGCGGUGACAAAUCCGAGCAUCACCGCGGCGCUCUUUACCACACGUGUGGGGGCCAGCUGCGUCACCGGGCUCCGGCCGCUGGUGAUGGGCGCGCGACGGGCGCUUGCAGCUGCUGCGGCGGAGAUGCCGUUUGUGACGGCGGCGGUGUCUGUGCCGUCGGCUUCAGUGGCGUGCUGCGCGGUCGAGGCCGGGACGCUCGCCGACUCGUCGUUUGGCGCGUCGCUCGAACUCGCGCUCGAUGGCGUGGUUGAUGCCGUCGGCGACGGGCUGACGCAAACAGGGCUGGUGGAUCUUGCCCCGUACUUUGUGGCCGAGGGCCUGUGGUGGGGUGCGGCGCGGAUGCCCGAGGCGUCGGCGCAGUUCUCGCUCUCACUGCAGGCGUUUUCAAUGUGGGCCAACGCCGGAGGUGCAACCGGCUUGAUAGACCUGCCAACGGUGGCCGGCGAGCGGCUGCCUACAACCCCGGCCGGCGGGCAGCUUUGGUCGCCCGGAGCACCGGCGUCAGCGCGGGCCGAGGCAGUCCAGCACCUCCUCGGAUUUGGAUGCCAUCCGGUCACCGUCGACGGGCUGUACGGGAGCGGGACGCAAGGCGCCGUGUUUGCGCUGCAGACCGACGCCGGCCUGAGCCCGGCCGACGGCAUUGUUCGGGACGCGACGUGGCGGCUGUUGUUCCAGCCGGCUGUCCGUGGCGCGUCCGGUGCCCACGUCGCCGCAUAUCGGGCGCUCCUCGGCCUCGGCAGCGGUACAUCGUUUGACACCAGCAUGGUCGCCGCAGUCGCCAGCGUCCAGUUGUCGGCUGGACUCGACGUGACCGGCGUCGUCGACGCCGAUACCUUUGGAGCCCUUAUCCGUGCCGCUGCCACUGCGCUGGGCGCUGACGCAGCUUCAGACUCGGACGCGGCAAGCCAAUCGCCUCGCCCGCCACUCUUCCGUGCCACUCCGCUCAACACGGCAACGACGACUCAUGCUGAUGCCCGCCCACAUUCAGAGCCAAAUUCAUCGAAUGGCCUGGGCGAGGCCGACCGAUCGCUCAACUCGGGCGAGUUGGAUGGAUCGGGGGGAGAGACGGGUCAGCCCGGAGAGGCUGGUGCUCGUGGUGCUGCAACCCGCUCUGUGCUCGACAUGGACUAUCUUGCCUCGGCGAGCUCAGAGGCUGAAGCUCGUAUGGCUGCUGUGGCGGCUCGUACAGGCAGGUCCGUUCCACAGCCAUCAGCUCUGCUGCGAAAGGCGGCGGUGGCCGUCGGGUCAAAGCCCUCUGAGCUCAUGAUCGACCCAGCCAUCCGCGACGCCAAGCUGGCCGAGUACCGCAUGGAGAUCGAGCUGUUUGGUCUCGCCGAUGGCACAGCAGUCACCACUGAGCUGUUUGAGGAGCAGCUGACGCGCGAGACGCUCGCGCUCGAUGCAGCCGUGGCAAAGUACAAAGAGCAGGCGGCCAAGGUGACCGAGCUGGGUCGCGGUGCAGAGCUUGGUCCCGGCCAGUCGCUGCUGCUCAAGUGGUUUGGUCCGCUCGCCGAGGCCAUCGGCGAGGAGCAGCGGCUGGUGCGGACCCGCGAGGGCUCAUCCGAGCGCGCAAAGUACGGCCAUCUGCUUGCGCUCGUCGAGGCCGACAAGCUGGCGGUCAUUACCCUCCACGAGCUUGUCGGUCUCUCGCUCGCCUCGGCCACGCAAGUCAAGUUUGUCAAGGCGUGCAUGGCUGUCGGCGAAGCGGUCGAGGCCGAGGUCAACCUGGCUCGGCUUCGGCGCGAGGACCGGUCUGCUCUCGUCCGGCUCAAGCCCAAGCCCUCGGUUUCGGCCGUCAACGCCUCGGCCCGCUCGCUGCUCCCGGACUCGUCGUUCCACAAGGAGGGCAAGCUGCACGUCGGCGCGGCACUGAUCAAGACUGCGCUGGCGACGUGCACGGUGGCGGUGCCCGACGGCGGCCAUGCCGCCGCCUUUGAGCACCGCAUCGACGUCGGCCGUGGCGGUCGCAAGACCGGCUGGAUCGCCCUCCACUCGUACGUGCUUGACCUGGUCGAAGCCGGCCACCUCGAGGUCCAGCCUGCACCGCGGCUCUCGCCGAUGCUUGUCCCGCCGCGGCCGUGGACGUCGCCGUCGUCGGGCGGCUUCCUCUCGCUCCCCACCUCGGUCCUUCGCGCCAAGUCGUACGUCCAGCAGGAGGCCCUGCGUGGCGUCGGCAUGUCUGAAGUCCUCGAUGGGCUCAACGCGCUCUCGGCCACGCCGUGGGUUGUCAACGCAAGGGUGCUCGAGGUCAUCCAGGCUGCGUGGGACGCCGGCGGCGGGCUGCCGUACGUCCCGUCGCGGGCACCGGUCGACGAUCCGCCGCCGCCGCCGGCCGACGCGCCGGCCUCGGAGCACGCCGCCCACCGGAGAGCCAUGGCCAAGGCGCGGCAGGCACGCAAUGAUCUGACCUCGCUCAAAGCCGACCUCGACAUCACGCUGCGAACGGCGGCCGACCUUGCUGACAAGACCGCUCUCUUCCAACCGACCAACCUUGACUUCCGCGGGCGCGCCUACCCGGUCGCGCCCACGCUCAACCACCUCGGCUCGGACCUCAAGCGUGGCAUGCUCAUGUUUGCCGAGGCCAUGCCGCUCGGCGAGCGCGGCUGGUUCUGGAUGAAGGUUCACCUCGCCAACGUCUUUGGCUUUGACAAGGCGUCCAACAUCGAGCGUGCAGCCUUUGCCGACGAGAACCUGGACAAGAUCCGGGCGUCGGCGGCUAAUCCGCUCGGUGAAGGCGAGUACGACCGUUGGUGGCUCGAGGGCGAAAACCCGUGGCAGACGCUGGCGACCUGCUUUGAGAUCGCCGCCGCCGUCGACUCGGGCUCGCCGGCCGACUACAGCUCGCGGCUGCCUGUCGCCCAGGACGGCUCGUGCAAUGGCCUGCAGCACUACGCUGCACUCGCGCUCGAUGCCGUCGGCGGUGGCUCGGUCAACCUUGUCCCCGGGCCGGAGCCUGCCGACGUGUACUCGGACGUCCUGCGGGUGGUGCUCGAGGUCAUCGACCGCGAUGCCGCCACCGGCGUCGACAUUGCUCAGGCCGUCCAGGGCAUCGUCACCCGCAAGGUUGUCAAGCAGACGGUCAUGACCUCGACGUACGGCGUGACAUUUGUCGGCGCUCGGGCCCAGAUCGAGAAGCAGCUCGGCGUUCUGCCGGAAGAGACUCGCUUUGCCGCCUCGUCCUACCUCGCUCGCACCGUCCUCAACUCGAUCGGCUCAGUCUUUGCCAACGCCUCGCAAACCAUGUCGUGGCUCGCCAGCGCCGCGCACGCCGUGGCCAAGACCGGCGAGCCUGUCCGCUGGACCACUCCGCUCGGCCUCCCGGUUGUCCAGCCCUACGUCCGCGAGCAGGCGCAGCAGGUGCAAACCGUCCUGCAGGCUGUCUCCCUCCUCGAUCCGCGCGAGCAGCCUGUCGCCGUCUCCAAGCAGCGCUCCUCCUUCCCGCCCAACUUUAUCCACUCGAUCGACGCCACGCACAUGCUGCUCACCGCCACUGCCUCGCGCCGCGCCGGCAUCACCUUUGCCUCGGUCCACGACUCGUACUGGACCCACGCCGCUCGCAUCGACGACAUGUCCGCCAUCCUCCGCCGUGAGUUUGUCCAGCUCCACAAGCGCGCCCUGCUUGAGGAUCUCCGUGCCCAAUUCCGCCAGCGCUACCCUGAUGUCGAGUUUGAGGACCUCCCCCCGCGCGGCGACCUCGAUCUUGACCUUGUCUUGGAGUCGGAGUACUUUUUCUCGUAG